UCUUGCAGUGAUGGCUUCAAGCUACCAUGAGAAGCCACAAGAAGAGGAAGACACAUUUGAAUAUCACAUUCAAGAUGACUUUGAUGCAAGUAUACUCACACCAGCACAACUUGUGAUGUUAUAUGAGCUUCAGAAGGAGUACCCGGGGUCGGCAAAGACAUCUCUAGCACGAAGGAUCCGGUUGGAGCUUAUUAAGGAUCGAGCAGAGCUUGAAGGAAGGGAGGUUACAAAGUAUGAGUUUAAUGUUGCCUAUGACCUUAAAGAGGUAAUGGAUUGGGCUCCACCACUCCAGCUGGAAGGUUGGGUCUAUCUCUAGAUAAGAGAAGUCUUCAUUUACACUUCAGCCUAUGUUUACCGGUGCAACAAACAAGAGGCCAAGGGUCCUCUACCACCCAAUUCAGCCAAUAAACUCCAAGUAUGUGCCACUCCAACCCUGUACAUAUUUAAUUCUCAUGUUUCUUUAUUUCCCUUAGAUCUCUUCUUUGAGCUUACUCUCACACAAGGGACUGUGUGAAGUAAGUUUGGGGGAGAGUCAACUAUCUCACAUUGUUUUCUGUUUUGUCUACUUGUCAUGAGUCUCAUGCAUUGCAUUGCAUAUUUAUUUGCAUAAAAAAUUUUGAAAAAAAAAAAAAAAAGUCAUUUAGUUGCAUCAUUUGCAUCUUUAGGAUUUGAGUAUAGAAGCAUUUAGAUUGCAUUCAUGCAUUGGGAGCAAACCUUGUAAAGGACACAUGUCUAGAACUCAAUUUGACACCCUAGUUAAACAUAUCAAAUAGCUUGAGCAUCUCUUAAAAAAGCUUGUAAGUUUCGAGCCUUGAAAACUCUUCUUGAAACAUGUUGCUUGCUUGAUAUUGACAUUGCUCUUGAAAGCCAACUCCAAUUUGAACUUGAACUUAAUGAACUUAAUCUCUCUUGCAUAUGGGCACUUGCAUACUUGAUCAUGGAUCUCAUAC